AUGUAUACAACGCGGAGCCUCUUCGUUUUAACAUUAAUUAAAUUAGUUUUAAGUGACAAAUCGUGUUAUUGGAACGAAGAAUGCCCAUUUGGCUUAUAUUCAACUAAAACACCAUACGACACGGUGCGGGGCGACAUCCGGGACUGGCCCACACCAGAGAAUUGUGAAGCCAUAAGCUUCUGGGCGCUGAUCAGGCACGGGAACAGGAACCCCAGUGACUCCGUGACCAGCGCCAUGAAGGAGCUGCAAGCCAAGAUCAAAGAUCAGAUCAUCGCCAGCUACGAGGCUGGUAACAGUCAGCUUUGUGCUCAGGAAAUACAAGAGUUCCGUAAAUGGACCUGGAAUGACACUAUGGACAUCUCACCAUCCUACCUCACUGGAGAGGGUUACGAAGAAAUUUACGACAUGGCGAAGAGGAUCAGAGAGAAGUACCCUCAACUGCUCAAUGGUUCUAAAGACCAGUUCUACUUCAGACCUUCAGACAAACAAAGAACCAUUGCUAGUGCGAUGGCAUAUGUUCAUGCGUUGAAUGAAGGCACAGCGUUGAAUUUGACUGCUGAUUCGUCUAGGGAAAGAGACGAUGUAUUAAGGCCAUACGACAACUGUGAAAGAUAUCAAACGGAAGUACGGGGAGGGCAGCUUCUAGUUGACCAAUUAGAAGCGUACUUCAACACUCAAGAAUAUAAAGCAGUUCAACAAGCAGUUCAACAGCGUUUAGGAAUACCGUACCAGCUGACUGCAGCAGACGUAUAUAAUCUACAGGAGCUCUGCCGAUUCUAUCGCUCCUGGACUCCUAAUCUAAAAUCCCCCUGGUGCGCUCCAUUCAGCCAUGAUGACCUCCUAGUGCUGGAGUACAGAGAUGACGUCCGUCAUUAUUAUAGAAAUGGCUAUUCUUCAUGGAUGAAUGCAAACCUCGCUCGUCCAGUUUUGAAAGAACUAUACGAAACAUUCGAUGCCACCGUCAAAGGUGAAGGCAAAAAGAUAGUGUCAUAUUUUGCUCACGACACUCUUAUGGAGAUGGUGUACUGUGCUCUUGGCAUGUUCAAGGACCCAGAAGGAAUCACAGCACAAGUCAGAAACCCAAACAGAAUGUGGCGAACGACUUACAUUGCUCCGUUUUCUGCUAAUAUCAUGGCUGUCUUAAAUAGGUGUCAGGAAUCAGGUACUCAAGUGAACCGUGUACAAAUUUUCAACAAUGAGAAGUUGACAUCACUGUGUCCGCUACAAGGAUGUACUUGGGAGCAGUUUGUUUCCACCUUCCAGACAUUCACAGACGCGCCUCUCGACUUCUGCAGGCAGGAUUACCGGCUCCCUGACCUCGACCCCGCUCCAGCAUCUGCUGCCAGCAUCCGCGUUAUGAUGGGCUUGGUGUUACUGCUAGUAUCUUUAGCAAUAUUGUAUAAAUAA